AUGGGUGACAAGCACUUGAACUCACCCACUAAAGUUGAAGACACGAAGAGAGGUUUUAACAAGCAAGUGUCGUUGGAGACUGGAAUUUCGGUUCUGAACAUAGAAAGUAAGGUUAAAGAUGAGAGGAAGGCUCUGAGUAGAAGCGGGACAAACUUGGAAGCUUUUGAUUCGGAAAACAGAAAAUGGGACUUCGAAAUCUUCAAGACAAAAUCCACUCUCAGCAAACAGAAUUCUCUGUUGCCAAAAAAAGAGAGGGAAUUGGAGUCCCAGAAGAGUCAUUGCUCGGCUUUGAAUUACGAUGAGUCUGCUGACAAUAGUGUUCCUGCUGGUAGAUACUUCGCUGCUCUUAGAGGACCCGAGUUAGACCAAGUCAAGGACUUUGAGGACAUUCUUCUCCCCAAAGAUGAAAGAUGGCCAUUUCUCCUUCGGUUUCCUAUCGGAUGCUUUGGAAUUUGUCUUGGCCUAAGUAGCCAAACGAUUCUGUGGGGUGCUCUGGCAACAAGCCCUGCCAUCAGAUUUCUUCAUAUUACCCCAGCUAUCAACUUUGGUAUAUGGUUAUUGGCCAUAGCAGUGCUAAUCACUAUCUCCUUCACCUACAUUCUCAAAUGCAUAUUUUACUUUGAAGCAGUCAAAAGAGAGUACUUCCAUCCAGUUAGAGUCAACUUCUUCUUUGCACCCUGGGUUGUGUGCAUGUUUUUGGCCAUGGGUGCACCUCCUAAACUAGCCCCACAGACCCUUUACCCUGCCAUUUGGUGCACUUUGAUGGCACCUUAUUUUCUCCUUGAACUCAAAAUAUAUGGGCAGUGGCUUUCAGGGGGCAAAAGGAGACUCUGUAAGGUUGCCAAUCCCUCUUCUCAUCUUUCUGUAUCUGGAAACUUUGUUGGGGCAAUUUUGGCUUCAAAAGUGGGAUGGAAGGAAGCUGCUAAGUUCUUGUGGGCUGUUGGCUUUGCUCAUUACCUUGUGGUUUUUGUUACUUUGUAUCAGAGAUUGCCAACAAGCCAGGCACUGCCCAAGGAGCUACACCCUGUCUACUCCAUGUUUAUUGCAGCUCCCUCAGCAGCCAGUCUUGCUUGGGAGAAUAUCUAUGGUGAUUUUGAUGGGUUAUCCAGAACCUGCUAUUUCAUCGCCUUGUUUCUCUACCUUUCACUUGUUGUAAGGAUCAAUUUCUUCACUGGUUUCAGGUUUUCAGUGGCAUGGUGGUCUUACACAUUUCCCAUGACAACUGUGGCAGUGGCAACCAUCAAGUAUGCAGAGCAGGUCCCUUCCAUCAUAAGUAAGGGCCUUGCUCUUGGCCUUGCAUUUAUGUCAUCAACAAUGGUGUCUGUUUUGUUUGUGUUCACCCUUCUUCAUGCUGUCGUUUGGCACACCUUGUUCCCAAAUGAUCUUGCCAUUGCCAUAACUAAGAGGAAGCAUGUCAGGGAGAAGAAACAUUUGAAGAAAGCCUAUGACAUGAAGUUUUGGGCAAAAAAAUCUCUAAGAACAACUCACUGA